AGGCGCAGACGGAGCCGGCGGCGGAGGAGGAAAAGGAGGAGGGGAGGGAAGAGAGAAGGGGAGGAGAAUGGAGCCCCGGGCGGCGGCUGAGCCCGAGCCCCCGCCCGCUUCCUCCGCCUCCUCCUCCUUCCAGGCCCGGCUCUGGAAGAACCUGCAGCUGGGGGGCAGCAAGAGCAAGGGCGGCGGGGGCGGGCGAGCGGGGCCCGGCCCCGGGCCGGAGAACCGCACUGCGGGGACCCCCUCGCCCUCCCCGCCUCCGCCCGGGGGCAAGCGCGACGGACUGGGAGGCAGCAGGUGGAGCGGCUUCAAAAAAAGGAAGCAGGUGCUGGACAGAGUCUUUUCCUCCUCUCAGCCCAAUCUCUGCUGCUCCUCAGCCGAGCCCCUGGAACCGGGCGGCGGUGGCAGCGGCGUUGAGCAAGGUUCCGCCCUGCGCCGCCGAAUCCGGGAGCAUUUGCUCCCGGCUGGGAAGGGGCCCGCGGCCGCGGCCGGAGCUACGCCGCCUGGUGGCCGCUCUCCGGACUCAGCGCCCUCCUCCUCUGCCUCCUCACUCUCCUCCUCACCUCAGCCGCCCCCUCGGGGGGAGCGAGCAAGCGAUGAGGGCUCCCAGCGGCGGGGCCCCGGAGCCCACCUGUCCCACCAGAAAAGCUCCUCUUUGCCUGGGACUGCCUGUAUGGAGCAGCUUCUGGAGCCGCCGCCGCCGCCGCUGCCUCCUCCUCCUCCUCAGUCAGCAGCCCCAGAGCAGGAGCCGUCCCCGUCCGAAACUGCGACCCCAGAGAAAAGCGAGAAACCAGGCAACGACCAGAGACUAAAUACUGUUGGGACUAGUAAUGCCGAUCUCCCUUUGGUUGAUCCCGGAAUGUACCAGUUGGAUAUUACAUUGAGAAGGGGUCAGAACUUAGCUGCCCGAGAUCGUGGAGGGACAAGUGAUCCGUAUGUGAAGUUUAAAAUUGGAGGAAAAGAAGUUUUUAGAAGUAAAAUAAUACACAAGAAUCUCAAUCCUGUGUGGGAGGAAAAAGCUUGCAUUCUUAUUGAUCAACCUAGGGAGCCUCUCUAUAUAAAGGUCUUUGAUUAUGACUUUGGACUACAGGAUGAUUUUAUGGGUUCAGCUUUUUUGGAUCUCACAUUAUUGGAGUUAAAAAGACCAACAGAUGUGACUCUAACUCUGAAAGACCCACAUUAUCCUGAUCAUGAUCUGGGAACCAUUUUGCUGUCUGUAAUUCUUACUCCAAAAGAAGGAGAACAGAGGGAUGUGAUUCCAAUGCACAGAUUUCAUCAUUGGAGUCUUUAUGAAAUAAAAACCAUGCUAAUGAGGAAGAGUUGGAAAAGAUCAAGUAAGGAACUCUCAGAAACUGAAGUGCUUGGAUCGUUUUUCUCAGUGAAGUCUUUCUGGUGGAGGACCUACAGAACCCCUGCUUUUCCAGCCUUGGGCUUCUCCAGAGCAGAACUCCAGAAUCCUUGUUGCCAAAAUACACAAUUUCAGACCCAAAGUUUACGUCUCUCAGACCUGCACAGAAAAUCCCACUUAUGGAGAGGAAUAGUCAGCAUCACUUUGAUAGAAGGGCGAGACCUCAAGGCCAUGGAUUCAAAUGGAUUUAGUGAUCCCUAUGUGAAAUUCCGGCUUGGUCAUCAGAAGUACAAGAGCAAGAUUAUGCCCAAAACAUUGAAUCCUCAGUGGAGGGAACAGUUUGACUUUCAUCUCUAUGAAGAGCGAGGAGGAAUUAUUGAUAUUACUGCAUGGGACAAAGAUGCUGGGAAGAGGGAUGAUUUUAUUGGCAGGUGCCAGAUCGACCUGUCAGCCCUCAGUAGAGAACAGACUCACAAGCUGGAGUUACAGCUGGAAGAGGGUGAAGGACAUCUGGUGCUGUUGGUCACCCUGACAGCCUCCGCUACUGUCAGUAUAUCUGACCUCUCUGUAAAUUCCUUGGAGGACCAGAAGGAACGAGAAGCGAUAUUAAAGAGAUAUAGUCCAAUGCGGAUGUUUCACAAUGUAAAGGAUGUAGGAUUUCUUCAGGUGAAAGUCAUCAGAGCAGAAGGGCUGAUGGCAGCUGAUGUCACAGGUAAAAGUGACCCAUUCUGUGUAGUAGAAUUGAACAACGAUAGAUUACUGACCCACACAGUCUACAAAAAUCUCAACCCUGAAUGGAACAAAAUCUUUACCUUCAAUAUUAAAGAUAUCCAUUCGGUACUUGAAGUGACGGUUUACGAUGAAGAUCGAGACCGAAGUGCUGACUUUCUGGGCAAAGUUGCAAUACCAUUGCUGACUAUUCAAAAUGGUGAACAGAAAGCCUACGUCUUGAAAAACAAGCAGCUGACAGGGCCAACAAAGGGGGUCAUCUAUCUUGAAAUAGAUGUGAUUUUUAAUGCUGUGAAAGCCAGCAUCCGAACAUUAAUUCCCAAAGAGCAGAAGUACAUUGAAGAGGAAAACAGACUCUCUAAACAGCUGCUGCUCAGAAACUUUAUCCGGAUGAAGCGCUGUGUCAUGGUGCUGGUAAAUGCUGCCUACUACAUUAACAGUUGCUUCGAUUGGGAUUCACCCCCAAGGAGUCUCGCUGCUUUUGUGCUUUUCCUCUUUGUGGUUUGGAACUUUGAGCUCUACAUGAUACCCCUGUUUUUGUUGUUGCUACUGACGUGGAACUACUUCUUGAUAAAAUCAGGGAAAGAUAACCGGCAACGUGACACGGUAGUGGAGGACAUGCUAGAGGACGAGGAAGAAGAGGAUGACAAAGAUGACAAGGACAGUGAAAAAAAAGGAUUCAUAAAUAAAAUCUAUGCCAUCCAAGAGGUGUGUGUCAGUGUUCAGAACAUCCUUGAUGAAGUAGCAUCCUUUGGAGAGAGGAUAAAAAAUACAUUCAACUGGACAGUCCCAUUCUUAAGCUGGCUGGCAAUUGCUGCCCUCUGUGUGUUCACAAUCAUCCUGUAUUUCAUUCCGCUGAGAUACAUCGUCCUUGUCUGGGGAAUCAAUAAAUUUACAAAGAAGCUUCGGAGUCCAUAUGCGAUUGAUAACAAUGAGCUGCUUGACUUCCUUUCUCGAGUUCCUUCAGAUGUACAAGUAGUGCAGUACCAAGAACUGAAACAAGAUCCCAGUCAUAGCCCGUGUAAAAGGAAGAAAAACAAUCUUGGCUAGCCAGCUUCACGCACUGAGGAGACCAGCAGCAUCUGUUUGAGAAAGAUAAAAGAAAAAAAAAAAGCCCCCAGCCUCGGCAACAUUUCCUUCCUUUAUGUUUUUAUUUAUUUUGUCUUUUUUUUUUAUCAUGAUGGAGAGAAUCUGUAAAUAUUGUACAAAGGCAUAUGUCACUGAAAAUAUACUUCUGUUGUACAGAACCAGUUUGAUAAGGGUUUCAACUUUGGCUUCAGUUAUAUGAAACCCUUCCUAGCUGUGGACGAAACUAGAACAUGUUAAAAAAGCCAGUACAAAAUUCUGUGGGAAGAUAGUCUCUUCUGAUGGUUAGUGAACAGGCUAAAAUAUCUGAUUAAAUACUCAGCUAUGUCUGACUAAACCUAUAAAAAUGUAAAUGUCAAUCUGAUUCUUAGAAUUCACAAUUGAAUUGUGGUUGCUUUGGUUUUCAUUGGUUAUUUUUAAUCCAAAACAUUAUCCAUUAGUUUUUCUCAUUUCAACAGGGGAGAAAAAGCAACCAACCAAUCCCAUAACCUGGGGUCAAGUUUAUCUCAGAUUCUAUCAUUUGGCCCCUGUUCACUUUGGGUGCAAAUUAAUUUAGAAUUGCUAGGGCUGCUUCUAAAUGAAUGAAUGAAUGAAGGUGCACUUAGCCUUCAAGAAAAUUGUCGGCUCUUGAGAUCUAUGAGGAACAGAAGUUCCACUCCUUGUACAUCAUUCCAUAUGAGGACUCGAGAACCUAGAAAGGCCUAAAAUUAAAUACUGCCAGGUUUCUAAGUGAUUGCAUAUGACUUUUUGUAUAGUACACAUUAUUAUACUAUAAUACUUUAAUUUGUACUGAAUUAGCAGAUUAGUAAACCCAGUACAGUUAUCAAUAAUAGCAUUAACAAUCUGAAUCCAUUAUGAUUUUUGGUAUUGGGUUAUGAAUGUCUUUUGUCUGGCUAAGGAAUUUUUAAUGUCUAAUUGUUCUCAACAGGCAGUGUGAGAGUUAGGGAUGGAGACAACCUUGGAGUAAGGAAGAUCCCCAGGGUUCAAGAACUGCCUCUGGCACACAUGAAUUAUAUUUACCUGGGCAAAUGACUUAACUUCUCCAGAGAGUUUGCUAAGACUAGAAAUUGUAGAGAAGUUGCUAAUUUGUAUUUAAAGAGUAAAGAUCUAUACCUGGAAUAAACCACUCUGAUGGUGAAGAACUCUGUGCUCCUCCCCUUAAAAAAGUUUUCAUAGAAAAAAAAGAUUUUACUUUUUAAAAAAAUUACAUCAUAUAAAGUGUUUCAUUGUGUAUGAUGUUUUCAGCUAUCAAUAUGAAUUUUAAUUUAGAAAAGGAUGACGUGUGGUGACUGAUAUGCCAAUAUUUCAUUUUUUUCAUUUAUGAAAUGGUAAUUUCUACUAAUAUGGAUCUGGUCCCCCUGCAUGAAAAUCAGUUUUGUAAACUAGACUGCUCCUUUAGGAAAGAAAAAUGAGUUUACCUUUGAACAAUGUUCACUAAUCCCAGCAGAAUGAACACUUUCAGUUGCCAUUUGCAAGACUCUACACAGCAGUUUUUGUACUUAAUUCCCUCUGUGUCAAGUAGAGAAUACACCUCGAGAGAAAUCAUCUGGAGAGAAAUUCUCACUUUUCUGACUUGAUAGGGGAUCAAGCUUUGGUUGGAAUUGUUACAAAGAAUGUUUUCUACCAUUCUAAUAAUAGACUUGGGUAGGGAUUAUGUUAGAGUGAGUUAAAGAGAGACAAGUUGGAAAAAUGUUGGAGGGGGAGAAAUGUCUAUAUUUCUGUCUACAGGAAUAUUCUUUAAAAAUGCACUUAUCUCAUGGAAGCAGAUUAAAAAAUAUUUUUAUGUUACUGAUAUAUUGAUAAAUACUGUUUCUUAUGAUAGAACUAUUUUGAUCUUUUCUGUUUAUACAAUAUGCUUGAAAGAUGCCAAUCAAAUUCCCUUUUUGCCAAAAGGCUUUGACCUCAAUGUGCUUCUUUUAGCUCAUCCAGUUUAUCUUGAACAAUUGAGAAUGCACACAUUCCCAUACUGUUGCUAUUUGUUGUUAAGGAACAAUAUACCAUGAAUGAAGUUGUUACUCUUGAAACUUUAUUGAUGGGGACCUAUUGUUUGUUUGAAAUAACUUUCAGUUAGAUCUUUUCUGAAAUGUAUGUUCCAUUCUGGUAUUGUCUGAAGACCUCAGAUGAUCAGUAAGCCUGACAUUCUGCAAAGCACAGAUGUGGCCAAUGGAAUAUUAACCAUUAAAUCUAUGUGCAAAUUCCUGUUUUUUUUUUUUUUUUCCCACUGUACCCAAUUUCAGAUGUUGACAUCAGUGGGAAUGUUUACUACACAUCUACUGCAUUAAAACACAAAAAACAAUGAUUAUUUCCAAGAAUAAUCAGUACAGUCACAGUCCUACUUUUUUUCUUUUCCUGGAAUGCAUACCUUUUCUUAAAAUGACACUCUGAGCAAAAAUAGUAGAUAAUGUUAGAAUUGGAGUCAGGAAGACCUCAUAUCAGUUCCUGCUUUAAACAUCAACUAGCUGUGUGACCCUGGGCAAGAAGUUCCUUAUCUAUAAAAGUGGGGAUAAUAAUGGCACAUACUUUAAAGGGUUUUUGUGAGGAUGAAAUGAGAGAAUAUGUAUAAAGUGCUUUGUAAGCCUUAGAGGACUAUAUGAAUGCUAGUUAUUAUUAUUAUUGUUACAGGCUUUAUUUGGUCAUCCAGAAAGAUUUUUCUGAUGCCUAGAAAGGAUUUCCUUUUUAAAAAACUUUAUUCUUUAAGAGCAGAGAUCCCAAGAGAUCUCCUCAAGAGAGAUUCUAAUAAGGAUCUGGAGAGGCAGGUAGAGGAACAAAUUACCCUGAACUAUCCCUUUGCAUGAUAUUUUUAUAGCACUUUAGAAUGUCAAGGGCUCGCAAACAUUCCAAAAAGUAGGUAGUGUAAGUAUUUUUCCCAUUUUGCAGAUGAGAAAAACCAGGCUCAACCCUAAGACUUGCUUAGAAUUGUCUAGCUGGGUCAAAAACCUAGGACUUCUGACUGCAUGGAGUCCCCUUUUCCCUGCGAAUAUUCCCUUUCUUAGCAUACCCACAAUCCAGGAGGGGAUUAUUGCUACAGACACAGACUGGAAACAAAAGUUGGGGAAAACUUGCUUAUUGUCUAACAGCAGGGGAUUGAGUCAUUUCUCUUUGAAAAUUCUCUCUUAUGAGGCCCACAUCUUGUUUUCUCAGAACUGUGUGAUAGAUUUCAAUCCAAAGAGCUCUUGGAAAGUCAGCUCUGUGACACAAGUGCUCAAACACGCCUGCUCUCAACAGAUGAACACUGGACAUGAACUUCUCACCCUGAUUUAGAAAUAAGACUGCCAAAGUAAUGGCACCAAUUAACUGUGUCUCAAUAUUUCAUAUGGAGUAAAUUAAGUAACAAUUCUUCAACUACAUUUGGAUAUAUUCCACAUAUUGAUAUUAUUACUCUUCAGGUAGGGGAGAGAAAAGCUGCCCAGAAAGACCUGGAUUCAAAUUCUGCUUGGAACUCCUGAAUGACUUUGUGAAUUUCUAUGCCCAUGGCAACACUUAAAAGACCAAAUAUUGUAAAUCUUCAUCAGUGGGCCUUGUCAACAUCAAUGAAAUCACAGAUCCAAUCUAAAAAAUAAUAAUUAUCCCUCAAAGGAGCAGCAUUUAUGUUCAUAUGUAUUUAGUAUGGCUUUAGGGAAUUUAGGUAGACUUGAUCUAUGAGGACCUAAAUUAUCUCAAUGUGUCAGCAUAGAGAAAACAUUCUAAAAAUCAAACCAGUUUUGAAGAUUCUUAUGCAACUGAGUAUUUUUUUUUUAAAUCAUUAAGUGGGACAUGUUAGCAGAGAGAUUAUUUGGUAGUUGUAGUAGAACAAUAGACUUAUUUAGGGGGUUCCCUUGUAAGCUUUCUCUCAUUUACUUUGUUAUUUCCACCAAUGGCUCUCCAUUCAUUUGAUACUUCCAAAAUAUUUCAAACAAGUCCUUUAAAGAAUGUCCAUUGUAUUUUAAGAGCAUCAGAAGGAUUUGGUGAUGAGUUGUCACAUCUGUGAAUUCAAACACUUAACCUCUUGAUUUCUGUAUUCAAAUUUACUUUCUUCAGUGCUGAUAAUCCUGCUCCUCUCUGUAUUAAAAAUCCCCCUACUUAUUUAUUCAACAGACCCUUGUUCUCAUUGUAUGUUUAAUACUAUCCUGGACUUUAGAACUAAAGUAGCAGCACUGUGGCCAACAAGAUGGCAUGGUAGAUAUUUACUAGCUGUGUAAUCCUGUGCAAGUCACUUAGCCCUGUUUCUCUCAGUUUCCUCACCUGUCAAAUGAACUGGAGAAGAAAAUAGCAAACCAUUUUGUCAGUAUCUCUGCAAAGAAAGUUCUAAAUGAGGUCAAGAAGAGUUGGAUACAACUAAAAUGACUGAACAAGAAAAGCAGCAUUAUGGAAAUAUAUAAGCAAAUAGACACAUCAUGAAUUAUACUUUGUUAAAGCCCUAGUUUAUUAGCUUUAUUUUUAUUUUUUUUAAAUCCUAGAGAGAAUAUAUAUUGCAAGACAAUCAUAACUAUACAUUGUAUACCGAACACUCACCUGUUAAUUUGGCGUGAACAUCCACCAUUCCUAAAUUCUUUCCUAUGUUUUCGAUUGUUUUGUGUGAAAUAAAGCCAUACCCUUCUUGUUUGUAAAGCCCCAGCAUUAUGAUAGUUCUUCACUACUUUCAAUUCUAAUUUACCUUCCUGUGGUGGCUGAUAAAAUUGAAUUACAUAAAAACUGUAUUUCCUUGGCUUAAAAACAACACAAGUGUAGGAGGGUCAGGGGAGAAAGACACUUUAAAAGUCUUUUCAAAGCAAACCCAGAUCUUGGGUAUCAGUUCUGAUAACCCGAUUUAUCUCCCCUGAACUCUGAGGCUUAACUAAAAGUCUCACCUAAGCAAGCCAGUACAAAUGUUUUUGUUUUAGGCACAACCAUGUAAAAUGUUUGCAAGAAUUUAAAGAAUAACACAAAAUAGUUUGAGAUGGAGAUAGCUCAAACCAAAACCAUCUAUAUUUAAUUGGUGGAACUCAUUGUUUAGUUUUUCCUACCUUGACACCUUAGAAAGAAUGGCAUUAUUGGGGUGGUGUUGCUAAGAUUAUCUGGGGUACUUAUUUCUAUAUGUCUUCAUUUCCAAAGAACUUGGAGAAAUGAUGUCUCCACUAGUUUUUUCUUUUUCUUCCAAAUGGCAAGGCAACCAAACCGGCUGAAUUCAAACAGUCUUCUGUGUUAAGCAGUUAAUAAGGUAAUUAUUAUCAAGUGGUAGGUACUGCGGAUACAAAGAAGAAACUGUCCUUUUGCACCAAGAGUUUACAGUAUAGCUAAGAGCAACAACAUGAAUAGUAAUUUGGUUGGAAUGGGAUGCAGCCAUGGAUGGGGAAAUAGAAAAAGCUUUAUGUAGCAUGUAGCAUUGAGAAGAGCCUUGAAAUAAACUGGAUUCUAAGAAGUGAAGUGAGAUUUCUAGGUAUGGAGGAUAGCCCGUGCAAAGGAUUGAAGAAGGGAGAUAGAGGACAGGAAAAGCAAAACAAAAUAUCAUGAAAAACAAACUGUGCUCUAGAUAGAGUAGUAAGAAGUACCCUAGCUUGCAGCUUUCUGGGGCAUUAUAGUUCAUGGGUACAAGUGGCCUGGUUAGUAAAUAAGAAAAACCAUAUGAGGGCCUAAAAAGCACUAAGUUCUAUUUGGAAUAAGCAGGAGCUAAGGCAAUGGCCCAGUUGUGAACUAUGAAUGGGAAAGCAUAAAAAUAUACAGGUAGCACACAAAUCAAUAUGUUGCAUUUUACUUGAGCAGGGCUCAAACAUGAGGGACUUAAAAACUUAAAGGAUGCAGCAAUUUCUUCCCCCCUCCCCCGCCCAAUCCUGGUCUUUUACUGGUGACACAAUUUCCAAAAAUAUAUUCAGAGUGCCUUCUUAUCAAAAAAUGAUUUUGUAUUUAUUUUAUGGCUAGUUAUACAGGGCAUCUCAAUAGUUUCAGUACUAAAACUAUCAGUACCUUGUAUAUGUAUAUGUUCUCUCUUUUACUAGAUUAUAAGGUCCUUGAGGGGAGAGAUGGGUUCAUUUUGGUGAAACUCCUGUUUUACCUCCCCACCUUUACCCCUUACCAGUGCGAGGCACACAGGAGGCCCUUAAUCAAUAUCUGUUAAUUGACCCAGCAACAUGAAUUAACAAUUUUUUUUUUAUUUUUUAAUUAAUAAGUAGGGAUACUCCAUGCACAAUGCAAUAAACACACUUAUUCAUAGCCUGUUAUUCCACUCUUUUUCUCUACUGGUAUAAGCCAAUAAGCCAAAGCCCCGUAACUGAGGGUGGCUAAGCAAUUUGGUAAGUAGACAAGACAUCUCAGAGCUCAGCACAGUGCCUAUUCCAUUAGGAAAAAAAGUUUGUGUUUAUAUUUUACUUAGAUGUCAGGGACUUAAUAGUUGCUUACUGUAGAUUAAGCACACCAAAGCAACGGAGUUUAUUCAAUACUCUCUUUUAUACGUAAGUUACCAGGUGGGUAGUCUAACUACUAAAUGGUUACCUAAUGUAGCUGUGUUUCUAAUUAAUCUCUUUGACCCUGGAUAUUUUGGGUGAUUAGGUAUUCUAACUCAUGAUUCCUGUCACUAGUUAAUUUUUUUUUUUUUAAUUCUGUCAUCAGAUAAUAAAAGAUGAAAAUGUUUACAAAGUAAAAUGAGUGUGGUUGGAAUCACACCGUCUAAAAGACACCUUUAAAAAAGCCAUUUUCCUGGUCACAGAGGGAGAUAUAAGGUAAUAAACUCUGACAAAACUGUGAAAAUCAGAGUUUUUUCCUACCAUGGCUAACCCCCCUACAGAAUUCUCUCACAAAAGUCUAGCUGGUAGUCUGAUCUGGUAUCAAUACAGUAGAGUAGAAAAUCCACAUUAUAAAAUGGGGUUUUUCUAUAUCUGUGAAGAGAAAUGAAAGAGAAUUCUUAAUUUAAUAACAGUAGUGAACUUCCCGCAAAUGCAUCUAAAGUAAAGUCUGGCAAAUGUAGCUAUUAUUUAAUCUUAUCAGUUCCUCCUGGCUUUUUUUUUUUUUGUGUUGAAUCUGAAAAGACCCAUCAGGGAACAAGUAAUUCUUCACAUCCCAUGAACACUCCUAAAAUCAGAAGGGGCUGAUAAAGAAGAUAGGUUAUCAUCAAUCCACAUGGUAUCCAUAUGAAAGAAUUCAAUCUUUAGUAGUUUUAAGAAUUACGCUAGACAGGAUGCCCUCACCCCACCUCAGGGGGAAGAUCUGCUUGUAAGGAUAGGAUGACCACGCUAGUAAACAGAGGGGGUAGACACCCUCAGAGAAAGGGCACAUAACAUCUAUAAGCAGAAGAUAUUGCUUGGCAUAUGAUGCUUUCAGAGCUCAUUUAAAAACAACAACAACAAGAACAAAAAACCCCCACCAACCUUUGAGGAAUAAUAAUAGCUUAUGAUAAGGUUAUGGCACUAAACUCAAAAUAACUAUCACUAGAAGGCCAGUUACCAUGGCAAGUGAGACUGAAAAAAUGAAACAAUUUUUAAAAACAGUAAACUACUGAGACACUAAUUCAGUUAGAUCUACUUCAAUCUUUUCUUGUAAUUUGUUUUUAAAUAUGCACACUUGGGCUGCUUCCACACCUCCCAGAGACAAACCAAUUCAGUGACUUUCCCCCACCCCCCCAAACCCCUUACUCUUAACCUCCCUCUUCUAGUCCACCAAAAUAACUGAAUACUUCAUGCACAUCAGUGCCUUUGCCUCUUCUUUGCCAAUAUGCCUACACUGUAAAAUCUUUUCAAUCAAUGCACAUGGCAUGUACCAAAAGCCUCCAAAUGGAUUCUUCCCAACCUCCAAUGACUCCUAACCAGUUUUUAAAUGAUACAUUUUCUUCUGUUAAUCCUAAUCUUAAAAUUGCAAAACUGUUUAGCCACAAGUUUUUUUGUCUAUUUAAAAGGUAUUGUGGUGUAAUAGAAGAAUGACCAACUUGGAAUCAAAAGCGUUUGAAACUUUUAAAUAAUGUGUAUUUAAUAAUUGGGUGGGCACCGGCAAGUCACUUUACUUAUCUAAACCUCAGUUUCCUUAUCUCUAAAAUGGGGAGAAUACCUGCAAUACCUACCUCACAGGGCUGUUGUGAGGAUCAAAGGAGAUAAUGUAUACAAAGGUCUUGGCAAACCUUACACUGCUACUAAGUGUCAGAUGUCUUCAUUAAUAACUUUCUGCACAGUGUACUGGAUCUCUUUGGUGGAAAUCAUGUGGAUGAAAAAAAUGUAUUUUUUUGUUUUAAAUAAAACCUGCAUUGGAUGACA